GUUUUGCUGGAUGGAUUCAAAAUGGCGAUGAACAGUUCCUCCACUUCUCAGCCUGGACUGUACUACCAAAAUGUUGAGGAUUAUUACCCCAGAAAACUCGGUCCCAAACCCGACGUGGUUCCGUCCGUGGUGACAGAGAGGAAAAUCAGUCCCAUAGAUAAACCUGACAUGGUGGCGGUGGACGUAAUUAGUCUCAAGGAGCCAGAUUUUCCAGUGCACUGGAAAAAACAGGAAACUGACACCUAUGUAUUGGGUACCAUUCACCCGUUCCGGAAAACCCAGAGGUCUUUCUUCGGGAAAUUCGCACAGGAAUUCCUCCUGGUUGCUUCGGACAGACGGUCCUGGAAGAUUCUGCUGUUCGGAGGUCUCAACAUCAUCUGUAUCGGCUGCCUCCUAAUGUGGGGAAAGUCCACCAACAGCAUGGCCUUAACAGCAUACAGCUACCUCACCAUCUUCGACCUCUUCAGCCUGAUCACGUGCCUUAUUAGCUCCUGGGCGACCAUGAAGAAGCCCACCGCUGCCUACUCUUUCGGGUUCGAGCGGUUUGAGGUCCUCGCCGUCUUCGCCACCACGUUACUGGUCCAGCUCGGAGCGCUGUUCGUCCUUAAGGAAAGCGUGGAGCGUUUCAUGGAGCAGCCGGAGGUCCACACGGGGCGUCUUUUGGUUGGGACGUUUGUGGCCCUCUUCUUUAACCUGCUGACCCUGCUGUCUGUGAGGAAUAAACCCUUCGCCUACGUCUCGGAAGCUGCCAGCACCAGCUGUCUCCAGGAGCACGUCGCAGACCUGAGUCGCAGUGUGUGUGGGGUCAUCCCGGGGCUCAGCAGUGUUCUCCUGCCGCGGAUGAACCCUUUCCUCCUGGUCAACAUCGCCGGCGCCCUGUCACUCUGCAUCACGUACAUGCUCAUCGAGACCAAUAACUACAACGCCGUGGACACGGCCUCUGCGGUCGCCAUCGCGCUCAUGACCUUCGGCACGAUGUAUCCCAUGAGCGUGUACAGCGGGAAGGUGCUGCUGCAGACCACACCCUCGCACAUGAUUGGUCAGCUGGACAAACUGCUCAGAGAGGUGUCCACUCUGGACGGGGUGCUGGAGGUCCGGAACGAGCACUUCUGGACCGUCGGCUUCGGCUCCCUGGCGGGCUCCAUCCACGUCCGAAUUCGGCGGGACGCCAACGAGCAGAUGGUGCUGGCCCACGUGACCAGCCGCCUCCACGCCCUGGUCGCCACGGUAACGGUGCAGAUAUUCAAGGACGACUGGAUCCGGCCGUCGCUGGCCACCGGGGUCCUCGUCCCGGCCGCCGCCGUCCCCAGCGCCCUGGACCACGGGGGCCUGGCCCCCCCGUCCCGCCCCGCCGGGGAGCUGGACGUGCUCACCUCCACCCCGGCCAAACCCGGCUGCCCGCCGCCCGAGUUCUCCUUCGACACGCCGGGGAGGAACGUUCAGCCGCUGCUGCUGCCCGGCUCCCAGCCGCACAGGCCCUACAGCCUGGGGCUCGAGUCCAGGCCCUCCCCGUACGGCGGCGUGCUCAGCCAGGGCUGGGCCCGGCCGGAGAGCGGCCUGGGAGCGGGCCUGGGGAGGCCCUCAGUGCCGGGCUAUAGGACUGCCUACAGCCCCGCGCCACAGGAAUACGGAACACGCACACCGCCUGGGCACUUCAGCCAAUACAGAUCCUGAUCUGAGGGAGGGAGGGGGGGAGAGAGUGAGAGAGAGACAGAGAGAGGGGGGAAGAGAGAUAUUGUAGUAUUUAUUUUCCAGACUUCCUAACAGAUUAAAUGCAAUCAAAGAGUUCUCUCAUGCUGUUUUUGGCAGUAUUUUAUUAAAUACGGUAUAUGGUUAUACAUUAUUAACCGUCAACCUGUUCUUUUUAAAAUGUACCUUUGGCCUUAUUUAGACACAUUUGCACUAUGCAGGUCGUUCUUGUGAGCAGGAAAGGAAUUUCCCGCCCGUUAGCACCGCCCACUGCUCAGCAUGUUUAAUUCAUGGGUGGGGGAUCCCUGCUCCAGCAGGGCUGCUCCUGUUCCUGGGUCUUAUUGCUAACGGUUAGCUCGACUCAGCUAGCUACAUACGCAGCUCACCCCGCUGAGGUGACCAGAGUCAUAAGCUUCAUACAGGGACACAAGAACAGUCUUCAACUGCGUUCUUUAGCUUUUAAAGAAUAUGUCAGAUAACAUAAGUACUUAAUGAAAUUAAUUAUUAAGGAGAAAUCCAGAAAUGGAUUUGGUGCCGCAGAAACUGAGUUUUCGCCUGCUUGGUUUAAUCUCUGAAACUGUUCUCCUGGUCUCAGAAUGCUUUCUGUGAUGUUCACUUAGAACACCAAAUCCGUGACAUCAUCUGCUUUGAGCGCUUUUUGUGAGAAAAGACUAUGACGUCAGCCAUCAACUUAUAUGAACUGUUAAUAUUUCUCCAUCAACCACAGUCCAGGUUAAGUCUAAAUUUGUAUAUAAGCAAUAUUUCUUGAUUGCAAUAUAAAAGGAGAUGCACUGUUUGUGGACGCCAUUUUUAAAGGUUACGCUAAAUGUUUUUUUGAAUGAAUCCAGUCUACAAAGGCAAAAGCCUGCUCUGCGACAGAGAAUCACACAAGAUGAUCAGACAGCUGAGCUUACUGCCUUUACCGCGGCAAACACAAGGUGAUUUUUGAUCUUACGCAGACCUGUUUGUGCUGAGUUUAGUAAAUACUGCAAGUAUGUCAGACAUGGACUGUGGGCCUGAGGACCUUGAAUGAGGACACUGAAGUGAAAUGUAUAAAUAUUGGCUGAGUGAAUUUUUAACUCCUUCCUUACUCUGGAUUUGGUGCCUAGUUUCCUGAACUUAACAACACAUUCCUCAACAGUACUUGGUUCCUUGAUUUCAUCAGUAUAGCUGCCGUAAAAUUGCCUCUGUAAUGCCGGUGUGAUAAGCUAAAGUCUUAUAACUGCACAUAACUGCUUAUAACAUUUAUUAUCCAGGGAAUGGGAUGUUAAAACAUGGAGAACUUUAAGCUGGAGAAGUCAAAACACAUUUGUACGAACUGGACUAACUGUCAUAAAUAACUGCAAAGUUGUUGGGACAUUGGUCUUAAACUGGGCUAACUGUUAUAACUGACAGAAUAAAGGGAAAUUUAUGAGCUC